GCACUGGGUCGGAGGAGUCGGUGUACAGGCAGCUGUAGGGACAGGCGGUGGCGCGUAUACCGGGGUAAUUACGGUAUAUAUAGAGGGACUGGGGAUUUAUAGGGAGGGGAACAUCUGUCCAAGCAGUGCGGACAAUGGGGAUGGAAUGACGCGUAUGGGGGUCUUGGAGGGUCGGUGUUAGUGACUUGUAGACAGUGCAGUAUAGACUAUGAAUGAGCAGAGUGAAUGCACCUGUAGUUAGGUCCGAUCAUCACACAGUCAGGAGGUGCAUAGAGGUAGCCAUGGCAGAUAAAGGGACAGGUUCCUGCGGAGAGCUGCCAUACUUUACAUGGGAGGAUGUCCAGAAGCGCUGCACACGCGAGGAGCGAUGGCUGGUGAUAAAGCGGAAGGUGUACGACAUUACAAGGUUCUGUUACAAACACCCCGGCGGAUCCAGAGUCAUCAGCCACUACGCCGGCCAGGACGCCACGGAUCCAUUCACUGCAUUCCACAUAGAUAAGGAGCUGGUGCAGAAGCACAUGAAAUGUCUUUUGAUCGGAGAGCUGGCGCCUGGACAGCCAUCUGUGGAGCCCAGCAAGAAUGCCAUUAUGGUGGAAGAUUUCCGUGCCCUGCGUUCCACGGUGGAGCAGAUGGGUCUCCUCAAACCCAAUAAAUUAUUUUUCCUUGGUGUGCUCCUGCACAUCCUGCUGAUAGAUGCACUGGCCUGGAUGACUCUUCAUUAUUUCGGGACCUCUCUUAUUCCGUUUCUCAUCACAGCUUUACUUCUCGGCACCGUCCAGGCACAAGCAGGGUGGUUGCAGCAUGACUUUGGCCACUUAUCAGUUUUUAGUAAAUCAAAAUGGAAUCACCUGCUUCAUAAAUUUGUGAUUGGACAAUUAAAGGGUGCUCCUGCCAGCUGGUGGAAUCACUUGCACUUCCAGCAUCAUGCCAAACCCAACUGCUUCCGCAAGGACCCUGACAUUAACAUGCACCCUCUUUUCUUUGCACUGGGCAAAAAGCUGUCAGUGGAGCUUGGAAUUAAAAAGAAGAAACACAUGCCAUAUAAUCACCAGCACAAGUACUUCUUCCUGAUUGGCCCUCCAGCUCUUCUCCCGCUCUAUUUCCAGUGGUACAUCUUCUACUUUGCUGUACAACGCAGGCAGUGGUGGGAUCUGGCCUGGAUGAUUUCAUUCUACGUGAGAUUUGGUUGGACAUAUAUACCUCUGAUUGGGAUUGGUGGCACCAUCAGUCUAUUCAUGUUAGUCAGAUUCCUGGAGAGUAACUGGUUUGUUUGGGUGACACAAAUGAACCAUAUUCCAAUGCACAUAGACUAUGAUGAUAACAAAGAAUGGCUGUCUGGGCAGCUGCAAGCCACUUGUAACGUAGACCAGUCUUUCUUUAAUGAUUGGUUUAGCGGACAUCUAAAUUUUCAGAUCGAGCAUCAUUUAUUCCCCACAAUGCCACGACACAACUACUCAAAAGUCGCUCCUUUAGUCCGCUCACUCUGCAAGAAGUACGGUGUGGAUUACCAGUCCAAACCUCUGUUUACUGCAUUUGCUGACAUAGUCCACUCCCUGAAAGAGUCUGGUGAACUCUGGUUGGAUGCGUACCUCCACAAGUAAGAAGAGCGCCGUCUGCCUGAUCCUGCAGGAUCUACUACUACUAUGAGAGCUAAAGUAGAAUGGAGGUUGGAUACUGCUGCCGUUGUCGUUCUGAACAUUCCUCCAGUAUCUGAUCUGCAGUGUGACAGAAGCCCUUCAGGACUGAAGAUG